AUGGAGCACGAGGAGGAGCCCGACUUCUCCGCGCUCGGGCCGGCCUUCGAGGUGGACCCAGACCCGCUCGGGCUCGGCGCCUUUGGCUCCGUCCACCUCGCGACGAUGUCGCUCGGCGGCGCCCUCGGCCGGAAGGUGAUGUGUGUCAAGGCGAUCAGCAAGCAGCGGACGCGGGAGCAGGCCGAGGCGGGCGGAGCCACCACGCCGUGGCAGGAGCUGCUCCAGCGCGAGGUCGACAUCACCGCCGAGCUCGGCCGCACGCAGCACCGGCACAUGCCUCGCUUCUACGGCACCGCGGACGACGGCACCUACGUGCUGCUGGCGCUGCAGCUGUGCGGCGGCGGCGAGCUGCCGCAGUGGCUGCUGGCGCGGGAGGAGCCCUACUCGGAGCGCCUCGCUGCGCGGCUCGCCUACGAGUGCCUCCAGGCCGUCAGGUGCUGCCACGACCUCGGCAUCGUGCACCGCGACAUCAAGCCGCAAAACCUGCUGUUCGGCUCUCCGUCGGACGACGCGCGGCUCAAGCUGGUCGACUUUGGGCUGGCGACGCGGCACACGGCGGGGGACGACCCCCUCUCCGAGCUCUGCGGCACCGCGCCAGAGAUGCUCCGCGGGGCCUACGACGAGCGAGUGGACGUGUGGGCG